AUGACUUCACAAAUGAAUGAAAUAAGUGUUCACGUUGAGCGCACUGAACCAGAACAAGUCUUGGACGAGUGCUGUAUCUACAGGGUUCCCAGCAAACUCCGCAAUGUAAAUAAAGCAUCUUACACUCCUCAAUUACUUUCGAUAGGCCCUUUCCACUACGGCAGUCCAAAACUGAAGGACAUGGAAAGCCAUAAACAGAAAUAUUAUGAGAAAUUUCUCAAACACUGUUCAAAGGAUGAGGCUGCACUGAAACGGUUCGUCAACCAACAUUUGGACAGAAUUCUUAGUUGUUAUGCAGGUACCAUUGAGUGCAGAGGCAACAUUAUCAACGUGAUUCUAGUUGAUGCUUGCUUCAUCAUUGAAAUGUUUAUGACAGACUCUGAAACAGAAAAUCAUCACAUACUGAGGUCACCUUGGAUGAGGAAAGCUGUAGAGAAAGACUUAAUACUGUUUGAAAAUCAGAUUCCUUAUUUUUUUCUUGAAGAGCUUUAUGACUUUGCCAUUUCCAGUCGUGAUUCUAUUGUAGAACCUGAGAUUGCCGUCCAUCCUGAACCUGUUCAGCAUCAAUUUCUAACCCUUGCCUGGGUUAACAGCUAUAGAUCCAAGUUAGCAGGUCUUACAACUAAGGAGUUGAAGCUUACACGAUUCUGGGCAACGUAUGAUGCAGAAAGCGUAAUAAGAAACAUUAUGGCCUUGGAACAGCUCAUCUACCCAAAAAAGGCUUAUAUUUGCAGCUAUUUUUUGCUACUUAGUCAGCUUGUCAACACUGUGGAAGACAUAGAUUUGCUGAUCAAGGACGGAGUGGUUGAGAACUUGCUAGGCAGCAACAAAUCGGUGGAAAAGCUUAUUAACUCAUUCUGCGUGCACAUUGUGGAGGAAAUAUCCUGCUAUUCGGAUAUCUAUGACCAGCUUAAUGAGCACUAUAAGACGAGUUUAGGCAAUCGCCGUAUGGCAACCCUGAAACAAGUUUACUUCAAGGAUCUUUGGACAGGCAGUGCAACUAUACUUGGACUGGUUGUCCUGGUUUUCUCAAUCAUUGCUACCAUCAAGUCGCUCACCUAUCAUAAGCGUUAG